GAAAUGUAUCGAUCCGAGGAUAAGCAUAAGAGAGAGUGUAUGGUUUGUACCGAUACGCUCUCUUUGCAUCAUUUUCACGAUCGGCCUCCGACUAGGGAUUGUCAGCACGGGGCCGAUGUAUGCCGGAAAUGUCUUCGUACAUGGAUUAAAUCGGAAUUCAGUACCAAGAUGUGGGACGACAUCAAAUGUCCCAGCUGCUUAAUCUCAAUGAAAAGCGCGGAUAUGCGAGAUUUUGCCCCGAAGGAGAUAUUCAAACGCUACGUGGAACUUUACAACCGAACAAGGAAGGAAGCACAGCCGGGCUUCAGAUGGUGCAACCUCAAGGGCUGUAAAUCCGGCCAAGUGCAUUUUCCUCAAACCCCCAAAUUUCGGUGCGACGGCUGCGAAAGGACUUCCUGCGUUGUCCACAAUAUGAAAUGGCACAAAGGCGAAACAUGCAGGGAAUACGACUACAGAACCAACGCUAAUAUUAAAGCUGAGGAGGAAGAAGCUAGUAAGAAGUUGUUGGCGGCGACGACAAAACAAUGUCCUGGGUGUAAGAGACCGAUUGAGAAGAACAUGGGAUGUGAUCAUGUGGAAUGUACGAAAUGCCGUCUUCAUUUUUGUUGGGCGUGUUUGCUACCGUAUCGUUCCGAUGUUUCUCGACAGGCAAGGGAUGCGGGU